GGUUUUCGGGUGGGCGGUAGUAUUAUUCUCCAAGUGUUGUAGAUAAACGUAUUUAAGCAGCGAUAGUGGUGCUGAGGUUGUGACCUGCUGUGAUUCAGUCUUGCUUCUGCUCCUGUCGCGCUCAGUUCUGUCCACAUUCGACGCUUAAAAAUGAGGUCAUCACUGAAGCUCACAGUCCUCCUGGUUUUGAUUGGAGUCACUCUGCCUUUCAUUGCGUCAGACACUGCACCCAGUGGAGCGCCAAAUAGUGACAAUAACGGUACUGCUCAUACUGACCAUGAAUACAGUGAAGAUACCGAGGAUUCGACGCAUGAAGGUGAUUAUGACGACGACGACGACGACGAUGAUGAUGAUGAUGAUGAUGACGACGAUGGUGAUGAUGAUGAAUACUAUGAUGAUAUAACCACUAAAGUUCCCCGCCAUUAGAUGGUUCUGAAUAUCAUCGGCAAACAUGGGAUUUGCAGUGAGUUGUCAUCUGUAAGUCUAAGCCACUAGUAUCAUCAAAGAUGGCGUAGGGGACUUCAUUUCAAAUUGGGGAUGAAGCUUCAAGGAGUAUAAAGAGAAAAGACAUUAUCCAUGACUAUGUUUCCUAGGUGAAGCCUACACACUCCCAUGUCAAUAUUAGAACCAAUCUAUUGUCACAUGAUCAUUGACAAUUUGUUUGUCUUUUUAACGAGUAAAAAUUAUUUUAAAAAUCAAAACUUCAUUCUUCAGCUUGAAUGCUAUGAUUGGUAGUAAAUAUUAUCUACCACUUGUGCACUUAUUUUUCAUUUUAACAUCAGCUUGUUUUAUAUGUGAUGUAGAAUUUGUUUGUUACACAUUGGCUCGCUGGUUUUUCCAAUAAAAAGGUAGUCCUG